AUGCAGUUCGGUUCGCUUACUACCCUUCUCGCAGUCUUCGUAGCUGCUACUAACGCGAUACCCAGCGUCCCUCAUAACGCCGAACGAGGGACGCAGAUGGUACGCGACAUGCCGACUGCACCUGAUGGCUAUUUUGAUGUUCGCGGCAAUGUUCUUCAGAGUAUUGGUGGUAACGGCCAGGUUCUUGCCGAGAGAGAGAUCGACGUUAGAGACGCGGAAGACUUGGUCAAAACCGCAGAAGCAAAGAAAGUAAAACGUGAGCUGGGGAUGUCUCCUGCCAUCGCUUCAUUAAAGCGUGAGGCAUGCUCCCUUAAUGAAUGUUCUGAUAAUGCCGACUGCUAUCAAUGGACCGAUGAUUCCUUCCUACGGUGCAGUAGGUGCAUCCGACAGCAGUAUUGUAUUUCGGGGUACGGGGAGAAAUGA